AGAGGGGCAGCGGGCAGGCAACCUCGUUCCUCCUCUUCAUUCCUCAAUCUCAGCUCUCUCUCUCUCUCUCUCCCUCCCCCUUCAACACGGCAAAUCAGUGCUGUCCAAAUCCACAGUCAAAGCAAAGCCAUUGAUCUGAGUCGCCCACCGGUUCACCGCCAUGAUUCAACUUCUCUUUACACUGAUAUUCGCCGAGAUGGCGUUGAUCGUGAUCUUCGUGUUCAAGACUCCACUGAGGAAGCUGGUGAUCAUGGGCCUGGAUCGGGUGAAGCGCGGUCGUGGCCCAAUCAUCGUCAAGACCGUGUCCGGGACGUUGUUCGUCGUUAUGAUGUCGAGCGUGUACUCUAUAGUGAAGAUCCAGAAGCGGUGGAUCGAGGAUGGAGAUCUUAAUCCCACGGAUCAGGUUCUCAUGUCCAGGCUCCUCCUCGAGGCCUCCCUUAUGGGAUUCUCCCUGUUUCUUGCACUAAUGAUCGACAGACUUCAUCACUACAUCAGAGAACUGCGUAUACGGAGGAAGAGCAUGGAGGCCGUAAAGAAACAAAACCACCUCUUUGAAGAUGGAAAAAUUGGAAAUGCAAACGAAAUAAAAGGCUUGGAGGAUGAGAUGGCUGCAUUAAGGGCAAAGGUUACCCAGCUGGAAUCAGAACUUGAGGCAAAGACAAAAGAGGCAAACAAUGGUGAAGCCAAUGCACUCGCCCUGAAAAAGCAAUCUGAAGGGUUUCUCCUUGAAUAUGAUCGCUUGCUUGAGGAAAACCAAAACCUUCGAAGCCAGUUGCAGUCACUAGAUCGCAGAGUAUCACAUUCAGAAAGCAAGAAGUCCAUGUAAGGGACCAUCACCUUGCACAGACAUAUACAGAAUUUUCUUCUUUAUUAGUAACUUUAAUUUGAGUAUGGUGUUGAUUAUGGCUCGUUUAACAAUGCACCAUUUUGAGUUUGUGGAGAAAGAAUACAUUAGGAUGGAAAAAUGAGGUAAAGUUUGUUGCCAUGUGUUGACUGUUUUGAGAGACAAGUGAUGGAAGUAACAGAGAAGAAUCCUUUACCAGCA